UUCCCGAUCCAAUCGACCGAGCUAGUGCCCCUCCUCCUGGCCGUUUCUGUUUGUACCAGGAGGCCUUCCGUGCCGGACUUCGGCUUCCACUUCCGCCCUUUGUCGUUGCUCUCUUUCGUUUCCUGAACAUUUUUUUAGCUUCAGUCGCGCCGAACUCCUUUAGAUUUUUGAUAGGAUUCCUUUCCCUUUGCCACAUAGUUGAAGUUCGGCCAACCCUUUCUUUAUUUAGAUAUUUCUACACCUUCAAACAUCACCCUUCGGUAAAGGACUGGUGGUAUUUCUUCCCCCAGUUCGAUAGAAAGGGGUUACUGAAAGGUGCCCCCUCUUCUAUCCACAACUGAAAGGAGAAGUACUUCUACGUCCAAUGUCCGACUUUGAGGCUGGGGUUGCCCCCUUGGGGCUCCCUGAGGGAUUCCGUUCGUCGGGCUUCCAGCCUGGGGGAGGACGACCUUCAAGCCUCCCAGAAACUCAUUAAUUAUCCGACUCCUUCCCUUUCCAACAUUCUGAAAGAAUUGUUCAACAUCGGCCUGAGUCCCCUGGAUCCUGUCAGUAUUUUAUCUCUCCUUCUCUUUUUUUUUUUUAAGUCAUUCGCCACUUCUUCCUUUUCUUAUUCCGUUACCAAUCUCUCUUUUUUUUUGUUGCAGGCAUGGACGCUGAAGCAGCACAAAUGCUUGCUAGGGGCCUCAAGGCCCACAAGAGAAAGGGUGCCACUACCUCCGGGUCGGCGAAGAAGGCAAGAAUAGAAAAUAUGAGCUCGACCGCGCCUGCCCAGGUGGCCCUUGCCGUCGACGUCCCCUCUGACGCUGAGCCCUCAGUUCCCUGAGCCUCUUUGAGGAGUUCUCCCGCUGAGGUUUCCGCUCUGGAGGCCCGCCCCGAGGAGGUGCCAGGGGCCGAAAGGAGGAGGAGAAAGAAAACGGUGGCCCGCAAGGUCAGUGGCCGUCGAGCUGCCAUCGAAGAAUCCCACGGCUCUGAAGAGGAGCCGUGGGAGAAUCUCUUUAAUAACAGGGAUCUAAUAAAAAGGCUGGUCGACGGGUGCGUCUUGCUCGAGGUCGUCCACAGGAUCGUCCAUGCCGAUCCUGAACAACGAGUUUGGGACGGGGUCCCUUCUCGAGGUAGGCUGGUUCACCUUUUUUCUUCCUUUUGCUUUUUCAUUCAAUUAACUCCUCAGCUUUCAUACUGAUUUUCUGAUCGCUCUUGCAGAUCGGACAUCAGCUCAUCGCCAACAUCGAGGCGAUGAACAAGGCGAAGAAGGAUGCGGCCCAGGCGGAGGAGGGUCGUCAGGUCGAGGCUACUCACCUCAAGGAGAAGGCCGCCGAGGUCGUCAGUCUCCGAGAGGCACUUGAGAGAGAGAAGCAGACCUCGACGGACCUGAAAGCUGCUUCGGAGGAGAUGAUGAGGAAGGCAGAGGCUGAAAUCUCCGACUUGAAGGAGCAGAUCCCGACCUUGGUCUCGGAGGCUAGGGUCCAAGCGGUGGAGUUCAAGAUUUCCGUCGAGAUGAGGGACCUGAACGUCAAGUUCGGCCAGGCUGCCUUCAUCAGAGGCUUCGAACUCUGCAAGGAGAAGAUGGUCAAAAAAUUUCCCGAACUCGACCUCAGCUUCCUGGACGAGGCGUCCGAAGAUGGAGCCGGGCCUUUGGAAGCUGCUGCCGGUCUUCCUCUAGCCGGGACUCCUACUGCCGCAGCCACCGCUGCCUACCUUCCAAGAGCGCUGAGCUCCUCUACUUCUGUUCCAGAGUGCCCUGUCGAAGUGCUUCUGUUGCCGCAGGGAAUUCCGCUGAAGUUCAUGAUCCAAAAUCUGAGAAAAGAAGUUCGUCAUCUAACAAAAAAGUCAAAGAAGAUGGAAGACGAACUUUGUAGGCUAAGGAAGAGCCACUCGGAGGCCACUGCGGAGGCCACCCGCUUUCGGAACCUCCACGUGAAGGGGGUCAUGGACUAUAGCCGGAAGAAGGCGAACUUCGAAAAGGAGCUCGAGGAACUUCAGAAGCGCGCUAGUGACUGAUCCUGGACUCAGGCUUCCAUGAUUCUUGUCCAGACAUGAA